AUGUCAAUGCGAAAUGUCAACGCAGCUUGGCUGAAGUGGUGGUCAAUUACAAGUGUGCUGUGGACCGACGCAUUAGGCCCGAAUCAAGUCAAACAUUUAUCGAACCGUCGUCCGGCCUGUCACACUGUACGGCGCCGGGUGCGCGCCAACUACGAAGGUCGUCGACCGCCGACUUGCUACUAUGGAGACCAGGAUGCUGCGUUGGAUGCCAGAGGCAUUACCGGACUCAACCGAGUACCCAACGUUGACAUCAGAGCCCAGUAUAGCGUUGCUGAAAUCAGCGAGAAAGCACGCGAAUGUCGCAUGCGCCUCUAUGGUCAUGCGUUCCGCGCUGGCGCCGAUUCCAUCAUCCACAUGGGCUUACAUUUGGAUGUACCUGGAUCUCGCCCAAGGCAGCGUUGGCUGGACACGCUACACCACGACCUGCGGGCCGUGGGCCUACAUCCAGACCAGGCCCAUGAUCGGGCCAAAUGGCGAUUCAGAAUAAAAUCCAGGUGUGCUGACUCCGCUGCCAAGCGGGACUAA